AUGGAGAGGGACAGGAGGAAACGCAGCGCCAGCAGCAUCUCGUCUACCCUUCUUGACACCUCCUCCCCGUGGCUCCAGCCAGACCCUAGAGGUCAGCCUUGCAGACCAACAGGACUCCCAGCUUUCCCUUUUCAAGAGGUCCCCAGACACCGGCCGUCCUCUUCCAGCCCCUGCGGCCAGCGCAAGGAGGCACCAAUGCUCUGAGGCUGUCGCGUGGUGCAGCGUCGAGCAUCCUCGCCGAGGUCCUUUCUGCUCCCUGUCCCGCCUCACCCCGCUCCAUCACACCAGCUGGCCCUCUUUGCUUCCCGUUCCCAGAAUCGUUAAGCCCCGACUCCCACCAGCGCCUCGUACCAACCUCGCCCCACCCCGUCCCCCUGCCUUCCCACGCUCCGGUGUCCCCCUCUGCCAUGAGCUCCCCCAUCAGCAAGAGCCGCUCGCUUGCCGCCUUCCUGCAGCAGCUGCACAGUCCGAGGCAGCCCCCGAGACCGGUGACAUCUACGGCGUACACGUCCCCUCAGCCGCGAGAGGUGCCAGUCUGCCCGCUGACAGCUGGUGGCGAGACUCAGAACGCGGCCGCCCUGCCGGGCCCCACCAGCUGGCCACUGCUGGGCAGCCUGCUGCAGAUUCUCUGGAAAGGGGGGCUAAAGAAACAGCACGACACCCUGGUGGAGUACCACAAGAAGUACGGCAAGAUUUUCCGCAUGAAGUUGGGUUCCUUUGAGUCGGUGCACCUGGGCUCGCCAUGCCUGCUGGAAGCGCUGUACCGCACCGAGAGUGCGUACCCGCAGCGGCUGGAGAUCAAACCGUGGAAGGCCUAUCGCGACUACCGCAAAGAAGGCUACGGGCUGCUGAUCCUGGAAGGGGAAGACUGGCAGCGGGUCCGGAGUGCCUUUCAAAAGAAACUAAUGAAACCAGUGGAAGUGAUGAAGCUGGACAACAAAAUCAAUGAGGUGUUGGCUGAUUUCAUGGGCAGAAUAGAUGAGCUCUGUGAUGAAAGAGGCCACAUUGAAGACUUGUACAGCGAACUGAACAAAUGGUCAUUUGAAAGUAUCUGCCUCGUGUUGUAUGAGAAGAGAUUUGGGCUUCUCCAGAAGAAUGCAGGGGAUGAAGCUGUGAACUUCAUCACGGCCAUCAAAAUAAUGAUGAGCACGUUUGGCAGAAUGAUGGUCACUCCAGUCGAGCUGCACAAGAGCCUCAACACCAAGGUCUGGCAGGACCACACUCUGGCCUGGGACACCAUUUUCAAAUCAGUCAAAUCUUGUAUCGACAACCGGUUAGAGAAGUAUUCUCAGCGGCCUAGUGCAGAUUUCCUUUGUGACAUUUAUCACCAGAAUCGGCUUUCAAAGAAAGAAUUGUACGCUGCUGUCACAGAGCUCCAGCUGGCUGCGGUGGAAACGACAGCAAACAGUCUAAUGUGGAUUCUCUACAAUUUAUCCCGUAAUCCCCAAGUGCAACAAAAUCUUCUUAAGGAAAUUCAAAGUGUAUUACCUGAGAAUCAGGUGCCACGGGCAGAAGAUUUGAGGAAUAUGCCGUACUUAAAAGCCUGUCUGAAAGAAUCUAUGAGGCUUACGCCAAGUGUACCAUUUACAACUCGGACUCUUGACAAGGCAACAGUUCUGGGUGAAUAUGCUUUACCCAAAGGAACAGUGCUGAUGCUAAAUACUCAGGUGUUGGGAUCCAGUGAAGACAAUUUUGAAGAUUCAAGUCAGUUUAGACCUGAACGUUGGCUUCAGGAGAAGGAAAAAAUUAAUCCUUUUGCGCAUCUUCCAUUUGGCAUUGGAAAAAGAAUGUGCAUUGGUCGCCGAUUAGCAGAGCUUCAACUGCAUUUGGCUCUUUGUUGGAUUGUCCGCAAAUAUGACAUCCAGGCCACAGACAAUGAGCCUGUUGAGAUGCUACACUCAGGCACCCUGGUGCCCAGCCGGGAGCUCCCCAUCGCGUUUUGCCAGCGAUAAGAUGCCUCAGACGGUGGUAUUUGUUAAAAUCAUAUCCAACUCGGACUGAGUGCUGGGAUCCAAGGCAUUCUACAGGGUUCACUGCUGGUUUACACUUCACCUGUGUCAGCACCAUCUUCAGGUGGUUAGAAUGGCCUGGGAGGCUGUUCUGUCUUGCAUCUUCCAUAACAUGAAAGGGAGGCUUGCACUUGUCAGUCAGGUAGAGGUUACAAACCGUUUCAGCCCCUGCCUACCACAUUCACUGUUUGAAUCUUUAAUUCCCAAGAAUAAGUUUACAUUUCAAUGAAAGACCUACAACAGCUAAAUUUUCUGGGGCUGGGAGUAAUACUGACAAUCCAUUUACUGUAGCUCUGCUUAAUGUACUACUUGGGAAAAUGUCCCUGCUUAAUAAUGUAAGGCAAGCUAAAUGAUGGUUAAAGUUAUCAGGCCUCCCAUGAAAUUGCCUUCUUCCGCAUUGAAAUAAAAACAUUAUUGGGAAACUAGAGAACACCUCUAUUUUUAAAAGGACUUUAAUGAAGUCAAACAUACAAGACUAGUGAUUCACUGGGGCAUUAUUUUGUUAGAGGACCUUAAAAUUCUUUACUUUUUAAAUGUGAUUCCUUUAUGACAUUAGGGUAAGGACGAAGCAACAAUUUUUAAAUUGUGUAUGUGCAUAUGAAGCACAGACAUGUAUGUGUGUGUGUGUCUGUGUGUGUGUCUGUGUAUGUGUGUGUGUAUUCUAAUGGUAAUUUGCCUCAGUCAUUUUUUUAAUAUUUGCAGUACUUGAUUUAGGAUCUGCAGUGGAGGGCAAUGUUUCAAACUUUAGUCACAGCUUAAAAAUAUUCAGUGUGACUUUAAUAUUAUAAAAUGAUUUCUCAUGCCAUAAUUUUUCUGUCUAUUAAGUGGGACAGUUGUAAAGCAUGCAAAAGUUAGAGAUCUGUUAUAUAACAUUUGUUUCGAUUUGAACUCCUAGGAAAAAUAUGAUUUCAUAAAUGUAAAAUGCAUAGAAAUGCAUACAAUACUUAUUAAGACUUAAAAAUUGUGUUUACAGAUGGUUUAUUUGUGCAUAUUUUUACUACUGCUUUUCCUAAAUGCAUAAUGUAUAUAAUUCUGUAUAUUUGAUAAAUAUUUCUUCCUACAUUAUAUUUUUAGAAUAUUUCAGAAAUAUACAUUUAUGUCUUUAUAUUAUAAUAAAUAUGUACAUAUCUAGGUAUAUGCUUUCUGCUGUGAAAUUAUUUUUAGAAUUAUAAAUUCACAUGUCUGGUCAGAUUUCAUCUGUAUACCUUCAAAUUCUCUGAAAGUAAAAAUAAAAGUUUUUAAAUAUU